UAAUAGAAUGCAAAUGGAUAAUCUCCUCAAUUGUAUUUCUUUUUAAUCACUAUUUAGCUCAAGUUAUUGAAGCCAUGAUAAAUAAUCGAAUGAAGGAUAUACUCUAAGAUAGUUCAUCUAAUAAGACUAUCUUUAAUCUACUUGCAGAAUAAUAAUAAGAAAUUUCUUAAGUUAUUUUAGUCAAUGAUCCUGUUUAUUAAAAUUCUCAUUAUUACUACCCAAUUACAACUGGCAAUAUAACCGUACUUAGAAGAUACGGAGAUUUUGAGUUGCUUUCAGAAUAUUUAUUUAAAUAAAAUCCUGAAAUUAUAUAAAAAUUACUACCUGCUAAAGAAUCUGGAUUUUAUUAUAUUAAAAGUUAUUUUUAAGAAAAUAAAUAGAUAUUAAAUUUAAGAAAGGAGAAAUUUUAAAUUUAUAUCAAUGAUAUAAAAAAACAAUUACCAAAUCAUGAAGUUGUUAAAAAGUUUCUUGAAGAAUAAAUAUAUUUUAUUGAUGUAAUGAAAAAUAUUGAUCCAACAUUAAUACUUGAAUAAGGAUAUUUAUCAAAAAUUAAAAAAUUAUACGAAGUUUCUUGGAUAGUAUAAAAUAACAAGGAUUAGGAAUUAACAGAAUUUUAAUAAUUAUUGCAAACUAAAAUCAUGCAUUUAGCUUAAAUGUAAUAUGUGAUAUUUAUUUUAGAUAACACUUUCUGGUAAUAUUAUCUCUGAAUUUAAAACAUAAAACUUAAUCAAAUCAGAUAUCUUUGCAAAAUAAGGAAAUUUAAGAUUUAAUUAAUAAUAUAAUCGCAAAUGAAUAAAUCUAUUAAAAUGAUCUAAUUGCCAAUAAGAUUGAAAGACUUACAAAAAAAAUUACUGAAAUUAUUGAAUUAUUUCCAAAUGUUAGAAAGGUUAAGUGUUAAUAUGAAUCCUAUGACAAAUUAUUAGAAGAGUGUAUCAAAUUGAUAAAAAAUAUCCUAUAAGAAAUCCUACAAUGA